GCAUUAGAGGGCGUUUGAGUGCUCUUAGCGGAGUUAGCGCCACCACUUAACCGACUCAACUGCUGACGAACGGUUUUACCAUCUCUUUGAAAAUAACAACAAUAUAGAUUUCCACUUUCCACAGCAGUUCUCGGAAAAAUCUUCUUGAUAGAAAAUAUUUUACUGUGUUAUUUAAUCAACAUGAAACCCGUUGAAAAAAUGACUUACCAAGAACUAGUGGAGGCACAGCAAAGGCACAGAAAGAUUCUGUCCAACAAAACUGUUUUAAGGAGGUUACCUGAUAAAGGACAGAAGUUUAUUGAGACUAAUAACAAGAUUGAUGAAAGAUUACAAGAAUUCAAAGUAGAAUCGGAUGGAUUGUCUGAAAUGCUUUCCGGAAUGACUUUGUCUGCUUGCCCAAAUGUCAACCAAAUGGAAUGGAUAGGAAAAGUUGUGUCUGAUAACUCGUCCCCACAGUCAAGUCCCAGUAAUCAACAAAAAGCCAUUCCUAAUGAUGAGAGCAGAGAUAUAGUUGACAUACUCUUGACAACAAAUCAGAUGAGCAAAAUUAUUAUCGAUGAAAGGACACCUUCAACUGUGGCAGAUAUCAAUGCUCACGAGCAAGAUCAAUGCUACAAGCGACUGGCAGAAAAGGUAGAAAAACUGAAACCAGUUAACCACCAGUUCAAACCAUUCAAAACGCUAAACCAUGAGCAAGAUCCUGCAUCAAAACAGUUUCACAAGUGGGAUGAAAAUACUGCAGCAACUCCACCCACAUUCAGAUACAAUGGUGGUGCUAAAACCAUUCAGAUAGAUGAGUCUCUAGAGUUGCAAGUUCAUCUUGAAGAAAAACGGAAGUUAAUGAAACAGGAGCGUUCUCGAUUAAAAUUCUCUCAAAUAUCGCCUGAUGCUGUACCUAUUCAUCCCGAGGAACAUCAUGAAGUCUAUGAUGAUGAGCCAGAAGGAGCGGGUGGCGGUUUGACAAUUUGGGUUCCUUUUGAAGCAGUUGCUGAUUGUGAUAACAUCGUGGGAACGCAAUAACGGAUCCUUUUUAAGAGCUAGACGACUUGGCUGGAUGCCCAAUCUUGUGUGUAUUAUCGCUGCCGGUUCCGGUUGAACUAUUUGACUUUUGUUUGACAGUGUUACGACGUUCCUUUUUUUCCCCUUUUCCUCUGGCGGGAAUUAUUUUAUCGUUUAAAAUGUCACGAUGAAAAUAAGAAGUACUUGAAAAAAAAAAAAAAAAAAAAAAAAAAAAACUUUUUUUGUUCUUUCGUCUGAAACGAGAAUUUUUUUUUCAGUCGUGAAUGGAGCGUCGCUCUGAGGUUGCUGUUUAGACUCGGCGGCUGCACUCACGCACAUUCUCUCACGCCUUUCUUUUUUUCAACACCUCCACGUGAUACGUUACACGAUCCGAUUAUCCUCUUCUCUUUUUCUUUCUUUCAUCUUCUUCUUUAAAACAAACUGAAAUGUUGGACUCGAAAUUGUCGAGUAUCAGUUUGAUCGGGGAUGGUUUGACAGUGACCGGAUGCCGGUUAGUAAUAACAUCCCGAUUUAUUUCUCCAGGGAAUUGAACGGAAGAAGAAGAAGAAGAAAAAAAAAGAACUUGCAAUCGAUUAUUGAGUUAUUAAAUGUGACUCGCACUGUGAUAUCUAAACCCAAUGUAUGGCUCGCCCACACACACACACCCAGCAACUUUUUCUUCUUCUCAUUUCUUCUUCUUCUUUUUUAAUAUAACACACUAGUCUGUCUUGUUAGUUCGCCCUAUGGCCGCCGUGUCGCUUCAGUUGUAGACGAACGAAAAUGAGAAAGGAGGGGAGAAAGGGGGGGAGGAGGGGAAUGAGGUACAAUCGCGGGGUGGAAACGGGAGCGCGCAGCACGCAUAUGUUUAUAACGGGAAGGGGGGAGUUGCGUCAGUCUCCGUUGGCUGAUCCCCAAGCCAUGGGAGUGGGGGGGGGGGGGGAGCGGGAGGCCGAAACCGGUUUUUUUUUGUUGUCUUCCAUAUGAGCGUUUCUCUCCCCCUCCGUCUCCCUUUCGGUUUUUUCUUCCUAUCUAUGCGUUUGUGUGUGUAGUAUCGUUCAGUCCCUUCCCCCUCUUACUAACUGCGUGUGCUGGGCGACCGAGUGAGUUACAACAGGAGCAAGUUGCGUCAGUCUCUGGGCUGCAGCCAUGAUGUUUCGGUCGCUCUGAAAACUCGGCUCUGCAGCUCUGUACACGCUACUACCUCCAUCCCUCUUCAACCCCCCGGGCCAACGUUUUCGUUGAAAUUCGUUUUUUUCUUUUGUUUUUCCUUCCUCCUACGUGAAAAA